UACUAUACAAUAUAUUUUUGCGCAGAAAAGUUUUAAUUAUGUACGGAUUGUACAGUAUAAAAUGUUUUCAUCUCUACGUGUUUUUGCAGUCUAUGAAUAGGUGUAUUAAAGUUCGUUGGCAAAAAAUUGAAUUUGGUUGGACUCAAAAUGGCGCUAACUAUGCAAGGUGGUGUAAAAAUACCCAUUAUUGGAUUAGGAACGUUUCAGGCUACAAAUGAGUCUGAACUCGAAACAGCUCUUAACGAAGCCCUAGAAAUCGGUUACAGACACAUUGACACUGCAGCCCUUUAUGGCAACGAGCACGUCAUUGGUAGAGUGCUAAAACAAUGGUUUACAGCUGGAAAAUUAAAAAGGGAAGACGUAUUCAUCACGACGAAGCUUGGUAUGAACAAAAUCCACCCAGAUCUCGUGGAAGAAGGCCUGAAAGAGUCUUUGCAAAAACUCCAGCUCGAUUACGUCGAUUUAUAUUUGAUUCAUUUCCCUAUUUACAUGAAAGGCGAAUUCGGAAAAGGAAAUAUAGAACCGCAGCCUACAGAUCAUCUGGCAAUCUGGAAAAAAAUGGAAGAGCAAGUAGAUGCCAAGCGAGCUAGAACCAUUGGAAUUUCAAACUGGGGUAUACACCAAAUCGAGCGGCUAAUUAAAAACGCUAGAAUUAAACCGGCCAAUACACAAAUUGAGCUCCAUCCUUACUUCCAACAAAAAGAAUUAGUUGAAUUUUGUCGUAAAAAUAAUAUUGUGGUUGUUUCUUAUUCUUCUCUUGGUUCUCCUGGGACUGGUGAAUAUCUCAACAAAAGAUACGGCAGAACUAUCCCUAUGCCAAAUAUACUUGAAGAUCCAGUGUUAAUCAAACUAGCAGAGAAGCAUAAAAAAUCUACUGCGCAAGUGAUUCUACGUUAUCUAACUCAAAAAGAUAUCGUCGUUAUACCGAAAAGUAUUAAUCCUCAAAGACUGAGACAAAAUUUUGAAAUUUUUGAUUUCAAGUUGGAUGCAGACGAUAUCAAAGCUAUGGAAGGUUUAGAUAAAGGUGCUAAAGGAAGGAUAUUUCAUCAUAGUUUUCUGCAUCCAAAAAUUACUGAUCAUCCAGAGUUUCCAUAUAAAGAGUAAUUUCAUGAAAUACUGUAAUGUAAUAAUUGAAUUAACUAAAAAUCCAGCUAGCAUAGAAUAUACAUUGUUUAUGUUUAUAAUAUAAAUAAAGUUUAAGUAAAUUUUA